AUUUAUUGUAAAAAUGUCUUCAAAAGCUUCAGGUAAAAAAUACGUUCACAACCCAAACAAAAAAAAGGUUGCUAAACGUGUUAUCCCAAAACAUGAAGACACCCCAACUGGUAUUACUGAUUCAAGAGUAAACUUAUUUUUUAAAUCUGCUCGUGGUUUAGAAGAACAAGAAUUAAAAGCUUUAUUAGCCGCUUCAUGGGAAACUUCACCAAUUGACACAUUAAAAUUAAUUUUCCAAAUGCGUGAUUGUCGUGGUGGUAAAGGUGAACGUAACCUUUUCGUUCAAAGUUUAGAUUGGUUAAACGGUGUAGCACCAACAACCGUCGAAAAAAAUUUCAAAUUGAUCCCAGAAUUUGGUUCAUAUAAAGAUGUAGUUCAAUUAAUCGGUACAAGUGCUGAACCAUUAGCUCUUGAAUUACUCUCAACUCAAUUAAAGAAAGAUCUCAAAGCCGCCCAAGAAGAUCCAAAGGCUAAAAUUUCUCUCGCUGCCAAAUGGGCCCCAACCGAAGGUCACGACGGUAAAAGCAAAGCUGUUAAAAAAUUAGCUCUUCUCUUAGCCACCAAUAAAUCUACUGCUAAAAAAGAUUACAGAAAAAAUUAUUUAGUUCCAUUAAGAAAACACCUUAAGAUUGUUGAGUGCAAAAUGGCCGCUAAUGAAUGGAAAGAAAUCAACUACAAUACCGUUCCAUCAAGAUGUAUGAUGCUUUCAAAAACUGCUUUCCAAAGACACGAACCAGAAUUAUUUGCUGAAUAUCUCGCUGCCCUCGAAAAAGGUGAAGCUAAAGUUAAUGCUAAGCAAUUAUUCCCACAUGAACUCGUCAAAAAAUACUUUGGUGGUGGUAAGGAAACUGAUACCAUCAUUGAAGAACAAUGGAAAGUAUUAGUCGAAGAAACUAGAAAAUUAGGUUCCCUUAAAGACUGUAUUGUUCUUUCUGAUGUCUCUGGUUCAAUGUCAGGUACCCCAAUGGAAGUUUCAGUUGCCUUAGGUAUUUUAAUUAGUUCUGUUACUGCCCAACCAUUCAAAGAUUUAAUUAUUACCUUCCACGAAAAACCAUCAUUCCAUAUGGUCAAAGGUGCCUCCUUAAAUGAAAAGGUAAAGAGCAUUAUGGAUGCACCAUGGGGCGGUAGUACCAACUUUAAUGCUGUCUUCGAGAUGAUUUUGAAUAAGGCCAUCGAAAAUAAACUCCCAGAAAGUGACAUGCCAAAGAAAAUGUUUGUUAUUAGUGAUAUGGCUUUUGACGUUGCUGAUCGUUCAUUCGGAAAAUCAAAUCAUGAAGCUUUAAAGGAUAGAUACAGAGAAGCUGGAUACAAAGUACCAACUAUGAUUUACUGGAAUGUCAAUGGUAAUUCAAUGUGCACCCCUGUUUCAAAUGCUAACGAAGCUGAUGUUGGUUUAAUCUCUGGUUUUUCACCAUCAAUCUUAAAAAGUGUUAUCGAAUGUGGUGAAGCUGGAAAAAUCACCCCAAUGGAUCUUAUGUAUGCUGCCAUCAAUGAUAAGAGAUAUGCCGAUUUAUCCAUUUAGAAAAAUUCC